AUGGGCAACCAGGAGGCUAAGCAAAAAAAAGCUGCAGCGGCAUCGGGUAAUGGAAGCUACCCUUCACUGGAUGAAGGAUGGAGAGAGGGAGGAGGGGACACGACAAAAAAGGGAGGAAAGAAACUCGGUAAGCAUGGAGGUAAAGGAGCAGGCAGCAGUGGAGGAGGAGGAGGAGGGGGCACGCAAGGCACAGGACCAGGAAAGAAGAAAAACAAAUCUGAGUCCAAGUCCUCUGUUUUCUCCAUCCGGAAGAGAAAGGGCAAUCUGAAAGGGAAGGGAGACGCAUGUUCAUCAAUAACAGGCUCAAAGGAAGACGUCUUAGCAUCUCAACAUGACGAGCCGGACGGCACAAAAACACCCGAAAUGUCUGCAGAUGAGCUCGGACAGUCGGACACCGAGGCUGCUCACCACGAGAAGAAAAAGAAACUGGAGCAAGGCAGGAUGGAUGGAAGUGGAGGAGCGCAGAGGCAGGAGAUGCAGCGGAAAGCCUCGACAGCAGCGACGUCUCCCACAGAGGAUGGAGGGCAGAAGGGGGGGAGCUCGGGGUCCGACACAGACAUCUACAGCUUCCACUCAGCAGCUGACCACGAGGAUUUGCUAGCGGACAUCCAGCUCGCCAUAAGGCUCCAGCACCAGCAGCAUGGGGGAGUUAACUCAAUUGUGGAAGCAGAGAAGGGGGGAGACAAGGAUUUGAGCUGGGGAGGAGGAGAGGGGAGGAAGAAGCAGAGUAAUGGGGUAGUUAAAUCAAGUCCUCCUGAGAUGCUUGACCUGACCCCAGAAUUAGAACUGGGGUCCGAUGCCCUGUCAUUCCUGGAGACAGGAACUCUCUCUGGCUCUGUCAAGCACAUGGAGCAGCCGCCAACACCACACAUCCCCCUCCACACUGAGGUGCCCGAGAGGGAGGAGGAGAGAGAAAAGGAGGAGGUGGAGCAUCCGGAGCUAAAUGGGAAGGGGCAGUGGGAGAGGGAGACAGAAGCCUCUCUUUGUGUUGCCACAGGCACAAAAGACCAGCAUGCUUGGCUGCAGCAGCCCCCUCAUACAGCCGUCACCAUGGCUACUGCUGGGGGGGCAGCAGUCAGCCCGGUUACCAUGACAACCAGUGGUAACAGCUUCCCUGAGCUCACAUUUGACAGUCAUGGGAAAACCCCAGGGGAAAAGGAGGAAGCAGGAGGUGACCCCCGACAGGAGCGUGACAGAGAGCCUGAGGUGGAUGUAAAUCUCAGUCCUCCACCCACAGACAGCCACAACAGAAGUCCUGAACCCACUGAGGGGCUGAGCUCAGGGACUGUGUUUGGAGAAGGCGAGGGUCAGUUGGGCUCGGGUACCAGCGCAGAGUCCCUCGAGGACUGCCUGAGUGCUGAAUCCGAAUCCAACCUCUCCGCUGCAGCCAGCACCAGGGCCUCCCCCUCCAAUCAGCAGUGCAGCAGGAGGAGCAGUGUGUGCUUCUCCCCACUGCCUCCCCAGGAGAGCCCCACAUUGGCCAAACGACUCCUCAGGUCCGCCCACUCAUCCAACUCCUCUAGCCCCGUGGUGAAGCCCUACCCUCCCAUCUUCCCCUCCUACAUCAAGACCACCACCAGACAGCUCAGCUCCCCUGGACAGUCCCCGGCCCUGUCCCCCUCCCACAGUCCCUUGUCCCCGCGCAGAGCCCACCAUCACCUCCACAGGACGAUGGCUGAGGGUCACCAAGUCCGUAGGCAGCGCUCUCGGAGCCUCGCCGGGCCUCUGAGUCGCUCGGCCGACUGGACGGAGGAGCUGGAGAGGAGGCUGAGGAGCAGAGAGGAGGAUGGAGGAGGCUCUGGGGGGUCACGAGAAUAUCUGAUGGGCUACAGAGGAGGAGGAAGCCAACCCAUUUGUGCUACCAGGAGAUCCUCCUGUGGACAGGUUGCUACCUGCGGCUUUCAGGAUAUCUUCACAGGUCGAACUCUCCUGGAGAAGCUGUUCCUGCAGCAGCAGCAGGAGGAGCCGGAGGAGGCUGAGAGGCUCUGCUCCAGGAUCCUGGCCAUGGGUCUCCUGCUGCCUUUCACUGACUGCUUCAGGGAGCAGCUGGGAGGCAGCACCGCCCAGCUCACCUCCACAGCGUCAGCCAAGUUUGAUCAUGACCAGCUGUAUACAUGGGCAGCAGUCAAUCAGCCAACUCACUCCCUGGAUCCUCUUGAGGGGAAGCUACCUGGGCAGCUGAAGGGCCCCUGGCCUCCAGCCAGGCCAGGCGGAGACAGUAGGACUGGACUCAAACCCACAGAGGCAGAGGACAAUCAAGAACACCAUGCAGCCAUCGUAGGUUUGAGGCAACAACAGGAGAGCCAAGAGGAGGAAUGUGUCCUUCCUUCAACAAAACUGAAAGAAAAACACGUCAACGUCAUCCAACAGCUGGAACAGACCAUAGAAGACCUCAGGACUAAGAUUGCUGAGCUGGAGCGACAGCCCCCUCUGCUGGACAGAGACAGUAUGAAAGCCACCCCCUCCACCACAGACAGGGAGUGUGGUGGAGAGGAGAGCCUGCUGAGGGUGGUGUGUGAUGCUCACCUGCAGACUGAAACGGCUCAUGCUCUGGGCUGCCUGGAGGCCAAGUCAGUGCAGACCUCCCCCAUGGAUGACAGCUUUAAGUUCAAAGUGCCUUGUAGUGAGCCGGGCGAAGCGAACGGCUUCCUGCAGCCUCCACCCAGGCAGGAUGGCUUCCAGUGUUCAUGUCAGCUGCAGCCUCCUCCGCCUCCACCACCCCUUCCAGGAGGAGCAGUGCCUGCUCAUCUUGUGCCAGGACAGACUGUGGCACCUCCUCCUCCACCACCACCUCCUCCACCACCAUUACCAGGGGGGUCAAUGUCAGCUCCUCCUCCUCCACCACCAUUACCUCCUGGUUCAGCAGUUCUUCCACCUCCACCCCCGCCACCUCCACCACUUCCUGGUGGCAUUGCCCCACCCCCACCUCCUCCUCCUCCUCUCCCUGGUGGCAUUGCUCCACCUCCUCCUCCUCCUCCGCUUCCUGGCGGCCUUGCUCCACCCCCACCACCUCCUCCUCCUCUCCCUGGUGGCAUUGCUCCACCUCCUCCUCCAUUGCCAGGAAUGGGAGGCCCACCUCCACCACCACCACCACCACCACCACCUCCAGGCUGUGGACUUCCUCCACCAGGAGCCAUCUGUGUUCCUCCAGCUCCUCCAGGGGCUCUGGGCUCCCUGCCUCCUCCUUUGCCACUGGGGCUCUACGCUCUGGGUCUGACCCAGGAGAAACCACCCAGGAAGGCUGUGGUGGAGCCUCCCAGACCCAUGAAGCCCCUCUACUGGACCAGGAUCCAGCUGCACAGCAAAAAGGAGGUUUCUUCUUCGCUGGUGUGGGAGAAUAUUGAGGAGCCUGACGUGGACUUCGAGGAGUUUGUAGAGCUGUUCUCUAAAACAGCUGUGAAGGAGAAGAAGCAGCCGCUCUCUGACACGAUCACCAAGUCCAAGGCUAAACAGGUUAUGAAGCUCCUAAACAACAAGCGUUCUCAGGCGGUAGGAAUCCUCAUGUCCUCCCUGCACCUUGACAUGAAAGAUAUCCAGCAUGCCGUCCUGAACUUGGACAACACAGUAGUUGAUCUGGAGACACUGCAGGCGCUGUAUGAAAAUAGAGCACAACAGGAAGAGCUGGACAAGAUCGAAAAGCACAUCAAGUCCUCAAAAGACAAGGAGAACGCCAAACCUCUGGAUAAACCUGAGCAAUUUCUCUACCAGCUCUCCCUCAUCCCAAACUUCUCUGGCAGAGUCUUCUGCAUCCUCUUCCAGUCCAGCUUCUCUGAGUGCAUGUCGUCCAUAAUGAGAAAACUGGACAUACUGCAGAGGUUAUGCAAGGUGUUGCAGGACAGUGAGACAGUGAAGCGGGUUCUAGGUCUGAUUCUGGCCUUUGGUAACUUCAUGAACGGUGGUAAUCGAACCAGGGGCCAAGCUGAUGGCUUCACCCUCGACAUCCUGCCCAAGCUCAAAGAUGUCAAGAGCAGCGACAGCAUGAAAAGCCUCCUGUCUUAUGUUGUUGCAUACUACCUCAGGCACUUCGAUGAAGAUGCUGGUAGAGAGACAUGUGUGUACCCGCUUCCUGAGCCUCACGACCUGUUCCAGGCUUCACAGAUGAAGUUUGAAGACUUUCAGAAAGACCUGAUUCGUCUCAGGAAGGACUUGAGAGCGUGUACAUCAGAAGUGGAAAAGGUGUGCAAGGUUUCAGAUGAGGAUAGCUUGCAGCCUUUCAAAGACAAGAUGGACGAAUUCCUUGCACAAGCAAAAAGUGAACUGGAGACCCUGGAGGCUCAGCUCAGCAGCACUCACAAACUGUUCCUGGAGCUCACCGUGUUCUUCUCAGUGAAGGCCAAGGCAGGAGAGAAGGAGGUCUCACCCAACACCGUCUUCUGCAUCUGGCAUGAGUUCUCCUCUGACUUCAAGGACCAGUGGAAGAGGGAGAACAAAGCCAUUCUCAAGGAGAGGUUAAAAGCAGCAGAAGAGUGCUUCCGACAGGCCAAGGAGAAGGCUGCCUACAGUGUCAAACCCAAACACGCCUCCGGCAUCAAAGCCAAGCUUGGCAUGAAGAUUUGA